AUGCCCAUACUCCCUCCGGAGCUCCAAGACUACAUCCUCGACUUCCUUGCAGCAGACAAGCCCACUCUCCGCCAGUGCGCUCUCACCUCCAGGAACUGGCUUCCACGGGUCCAGCAUCUUCUUUUCCGCUCUAUCUACAUCGACUGGUCCAACUGCAAUACUUUCACCCGCCUCCUCGACGCUCAUCCCGACCUCGCCAUCCACAUCGCCACGCUCGAGAUUGAGGGUGCGUUUGGCAUAUUCUCCAAUGACCGCCUUCAUAAUGCCACCCUCGAUGCUUGGUUCCGCGCAUUGCCUCCAUCCUUCCCAACUCAGCUCAGCAACCUCACAAAACUCGAGCUCGCCCUCGUUUCCCUCGACGCUGAGCUCAUACACGGCGUCCUCAGCCGCUUCCCCAAUGUAUCCCACCUCAGCCUUUGGGCCUGCAAGCUCUCCGGCUUCGCCUUAUUCAUCGACCUCUUCAUCUCCUUGGCCCGCCUCACCUGUCUCAGUAUUUCCUUCACCCACGAAUGGGAAACAGGGGCGCGCCCUCUCCCUCUCAUUCCGCUCGUCGCCGCGGACUCCACACCGCUCCCUGCGCUCACCACCGUAGAGCUCUCCAGCGAUUGCGACAAUUUUUUCGUCCUUCGCUGGCUCAUUGCUCGCCGCCUCCACCACUCAAUCGUCCACCUUUCGUGCGCCGGCGUGCCGUGGCCCUCCCUCUACAGCCUCGCUGAAGUUCUCGCCGUGCUCGCGCCAACCCUCCGCACCCUCCGCAUCGGCUUCCGCGACCAUCACGGCCCCGCUGCGAACCUCGCCGUGGAACCCGCGCCCGCCCCUGUGGCACCCGCCGGCGGAGGCGUGGGCGGCGCAACCCGCUCCGAUGGCCCUGGCGGCCGUAGCAGCGGGGACAGCCGCGGCGCCUUCAUCCCGCUCACCGCGCUCGAGUCCUUCACGCUCGACGUGCACACGACGCGGCUCGCCGCGGUUCCCUACACCCUCUUCCUCCUUGCGCGCCUGCCCGCGCCCGCGCUCCGCACGCUCGCCUUCGCCGUCUACUGCGGCGAGGCGAACACCGCCGCGCUCGUGCCGUGGCCGCGGCUCGCGGAGGCCGCCGCCGGCGUUGCGCGCGCACGCGCCCCGCUCGAGCGCGUCGUCGUCCGCGUGCUCGAGCGGGAGCGCGAAGGCGGCGCGCUCUUCGAGUCCACGUUCCCCCCGCGCGCCCAGCCCGCGGUGGACCUCGCGGAGAUGGAAGGCGCGGCCCGGGCGGCGUUCGGCGCGCAGGGGCUCGACGGGCUCGUCGCGUUCGAGCAGGGGAAGUACAGCGACAUCGGCCAGCAGUGGUGUUAA